CCAAGAACUAAACAAUCCAAUAACGCCAGGGUAGAGCAAACGGCGAACUCGCAGCCAUGAGCUGGUGGUGGGCUGGGGCUAUAGGCGCCGCGAAGAAGAAGCUCGAUCGCAAGUCCGGCGGCGCCGCCGCCGCCCCCAAGUUCCAGAGCGUCGGUCUGGUGAUCGGCGUCACCGGCAUCGUUGGCAAUAGCCUCGCCCAAAUCCUCCCGCUCUCUGACACACCCGGCGGCCCCUGGAAGGUCUACGGCGUCUCCCGCCGCCCUCGGCCGGCCUUCCUCCCGUCCCAACCUGAGGGCCUUCCCGUCGAGCACAUCCAGUGCGACGUCUCCGACUUCGAAGACACCCUCGCCAAGCUCUCUCCUCUCGCGGACGUGACUCAUAUUUUUUACGCGGCACGGGUUAAUCGCUCCACCGAGGCCGAGAACCGGGAGGUCAAUUCUGCCAUGCUCCGCAACGUGCUCACCAACGUCCUCCCCAACGCGCCCAAUCUCCGGCACAUUUGCCUCCAGACUGGCAUCAAGCACUACGUCGGCCCGUUCGAGUCCAUACAUGGCAAGGUGAAAGCCCACGAGUCCCCUUUCCGUGAGGCUCUCCCGCGGCUGGAUUGCCCCAACUUCUACUACGACCUCGAGGACCUCCUCUUCGAGGAGGUGGCCAAGAGGAAGGGGACCGUGACGUGGUCGAUCCACCGCCCAGUGACCAUCUUCGGCUUCUCCCCAUCUAGUCUGGUGGGGACUCUGUGUGUCUACGCCGCCAUUUGCCAGCGAGAGGGGGCUCCCCUCCGGUGGCCGGGGAGCCGGGUGGCUUGGGAGGGGUUCAGCGAUGCCUCCGAUGCCGACCUUAUCGCCGAGCAACAGAUCUGGGCGGCGGUUGAUCUGCAUGCAAAGAACGAGGCCUUCAAUUGUAGCAACGGGGAUGUGUUCAAGUGGAAGCACCUGUGGCCGCUGCUGGCGAGGGCGUUUGGAGUGGAUUGGGUCGGAUACCAGGGGGAGGAGGCUCGAUUCAAGCUGGAGGACGCGAUGAAGGGGAGAGAAGCGCUGUGGGAGGAGAUGGUGGCGGAGCACGGGCUCGCACCGACGAGGCUGGAGGACGUUGGGAACUGGUGGUUUGUGGAUGCUGUGUUCGGCGCGGAGGAGAUGUAUCUGGGCAGCAUGAACAAGAGCAAAGAGCAUGGGUUCUUGGGAUUCCGAAACACAGUUUCUUCUUUCGAUUCUUGGAUCGAUAAGAUGAGAGUUUACAAGAUUGUUCCGUGAUGUUGCUUUGGUCAUGCUUCUUCCCCUCCUUGGUAGAGCGUUCUGUGAAUUUGAGAGUCGUGGAUGGGUUGGCUGAAUGAAUUAUGGGAUUAUGGAAAUAAAAGAAGAUAGAUACAAUGCUCUUUUUGGCUGUGUUGUUGGUGUUA